AUGGCCCGUACUAAACAGACCGCUCGGAAAUCUACUGGAGGAAAAGCUCCUCGCAAGCAGUUGGCUACCAAGGCUGCCCGAAAAAGCGCUCCAGCCACCGGCGGGGUUAAAAAGCCCCAUCGUUACCGUCCCGGCACUGUCGCCUUAAGAGAAAUUCGCCGUUACCAGAAAUCAACCGAGCUGCUCAUCCGUAAGCUUCCCUUCCAGCGCUUGGUCAGAGAAAUCGCCCAAGAUUUCAAGACCGAUCUCCGUUUCCAGAGCUCCGCUGUUAUGGCCCUGCAGGAAGCCAGCGAGGCUUACCUCGUGGGCCUCUUCGAAGAUACCAACCUGUGUGCCAUCCACGCCAAGAGGGUGACGAUUAUGCCGAAAGAUAUCCAGUUGGCGCGCCGCAUCCGCGGGGAGAGGGCUUAAGUGGCCUCUCCUCUCGCCGGUUGCGCAUGCAACAAAGCAAUCCAAAAGGCUCUUUUAAGGGCCACCCACGUAUAUCAAGGAAAGGGCUGCUGUUUUGCUUCUGCUGAAGACCUCUAUGCUAUUUGCAAUAACACAUGGACCUGUUAGAGGGGGCUUUAUUAGAGCUAGAGUACUACCCUUACUGCUUCCAAUAGUCCUCCAAAAUGUGAAUUUGCAAAUGUGUAUUCAACAAGGCAAGGGAUUCUUAGUGGACCACGGAGUCGUUUACUGCAUUCUCAACACCCACAUUACUUAAGUUUUAAUUGGGUUAUGGAAAGUGACCUGGGAGGGGGGAGGCUAUGGGUAUUUUUUUUAAAAAAUGGGAAAUGGCAUUUUUCAUGUAUUAAGCCAAUGAAACAUUCAAAUAGUUGAGUAACCUUGCAAUGGUUCAAGCAGUAGAUCUCAAAUGAAAAAUGUUUAUGUGCUACAGUGCCACCGGAGAUACUUUUACAAGGAUUCGUGCUUGCUUCAGAAUUUUUUUUUUUUUUAAGGUUAAAAGACUCAUGAAUUCAGAAUUUUUUCAAUGGGCUUUCUGUGUAUGUGCGAGGCCACCUUAAUGCUACAUAUAAAGGUUUUCUACUUGGACUUUAAAGAUCCAAAUUUUCUGGGAAUGAAAUGUCUGCAUUCUAAUGCCCAGGGCAUUAGUUUGGCUGUAAAAUUAAAAUGGGAAUCUUGCAAAUUCACUUGGAUCAGUCACAAUGAUACCCAAUUCUUUCUCUAAGGAAAGAAUACCCAGAGAUUUCACUGUAGGAAGACAUUGGGGAGGUGGUGCAUAUAAUUUUGCAGCUAGAAGGAAGAAAAGCUUUUCAAAUAAAAGAUCUUGAUAAGUACAUAUAUGACAAUUAUAGUUUUGCUUCUUUAGGUCAGGUUUGUAAAGGUUUAAUUUGAGUCCCAUAUUUCAAUACCAUACACCAGUUGGUAAAAUAUAUUUUAAUAUAAAACAUAUAUUAAAAUAUAUGCAAGCAGCAUGUUUUAAAUAACUGGCUUUUUAUGCUAGUGUUGGGCAGUCUAUUUACUGUUUGAAUUUUGACAUGUAUUCUGCCCAGACAGCUACUGUGGGAGAUUUUCUUUCCCCCAAAAUAACUUAAUCUGAUGGGCAAAGCUCGUUAAAUAUAUACAUAUUUUCACAGGAAUUAAACAUAUUUGUAUAUGUGAUUGCAUGACCUCUGCUCUGUAGAUAUGCCAUACACUUAAAUAAAAUAAAAUUCAUUGGAAUUACUUUUCCAGGAUGAUCUCUACUAUUUUUAGUAGGAGCUAUGUAUUUCCUUUUUUUUAUUAUUAUUAAAAUGAUAAUUUAAAAAGAAAAAAAAUCAGGAUGACCCUGGUUAUGGAGCAUUAUGUAAGUGAUUCAUAUCCACAGACCCCCAGAAUGCCGAUCAGGGCAGAAGCAUUAUCACAUCAAAGAUCCAUCUCAUCCAGUAUUAUUUCUUUUAUCAGUGACCAAUAAGUUGCUGCUUAACUCAAAGGCAGACUACAUGCAUCCUGGCAUUCUUGUUUCUACAAGUGCUAUUCCGUCCAUGCGGAAUAGCACUUAACAGCCUCGAUUGAAAAAUAUGGGCAAAUUGGCAGUCUCCCAUGGAUGAAUUUGUUGGGAAGCGGGCCUGCUUUUUUUAGAAGCACUUGCUUUUCAUUUUCUUGGACUUUUGGGACUCUCAUAACAGGAAAUUAUGCAGGCGGACAGAAAAUUUGGAGCCAUCUUUUGGAUGCAGCUUUGGCAUAUGGAACAUAAGGCCUUUGAAGCUGCUUCUCCCCCCACCCUCCUCCUCCUCCUUCAGAAGACUAAAGCAUUUCAGCAUGUACAGAGGAUCUGCUUGAAAGAAUGGGAGGGGUUCUAAACCCCUUCUUCUAUCUUCCCUUGAGGGUUUCGCAUUUGCACUAACUAUAGAAAACUGAAGUUCAAAUAACGAGAAAACUAAAGGCAUAUAACUCAUAUACUCCAAGGGACUCUAUAAUUACAGGUUAGGACAGGAGGACUGGUUUGAAAGUGUGGGAAGAAAAAUCCAUCUGGUUCCCUUCCAAGCUGGGACAAAGGCACUGGAAACAUGGAGGCUGACUGGAAAGAUCGUUUAAUGAUGAACACAACCACCACCACCAGCAGCAGCUGACCAAUUUGUUUGAAAGACUACCUGGAUUUUUAUAGGUUUUUUUUUUUCUACAGCUUUUUGUAAUUUAGAGGCUUGUUUUGUGUGUUUUGUUAUUUGAUUUUAAUUAGUUCAUCUCGUGAAAGCAAUGGA